AUGAAGCUGAAAUCUGGGUGUUUUCUGCAGCACCUGCAUUUGGAUGAAGUACACUGCUUGUUGUCAGUAAGAAAUGCUGCAGCACUGGCAGAGUAUUUCCAGCUCCUGGAUUACCUGAACAACCUGCGGUUUUAUUGCUUUCUCCGUUAUGUGACUGACCUGAAUAAGGACCAGAGCAUGCUGCUCUUUGACUUGCUGGACCAAAACAACUAUCUUGAAAAGCAGUUUAUCUACCGGCACACAGGACCCACUUUUCAAUGGCUGAAUAUAGACAGGGAUAAUAUGAUUGAUUUUAAUGACUUUAAAGUCACAAGGUUUCUCUUCAACAUCCAGAAAGAACUUCAGAAAAUAUUCAAGGACUUUGAUAUUCCCAGAGAUGAGCAACUGAACUACAGGGAAUUCAAGAUGAUUGCAGUCUUCUGCAUUGACAAACAACAAAAAGAGGAAGAGAUCAUGAAUAGCCUCCCAGCAGGACCAGUGAGCUCCUAA